AUGGAUCCCCAUCACCGCCAACCACAACAGACGUCCAUCCCACCGCGUGGACGUCCAGCAGGAGCAAGAGCAGGAGCAAUUAAAGAUAUUCGUCAAACGAAAGAAUAUAAAGUCGCCGCGAGACGGGAGGGGGAGUGUUUGCUAACGGGGGUGGGGUUUGUUGUUGUAGCGUAUGGGGAUAAGAGGCCGAAGAGGUUGGUGGAGAGGUCGUCUUCUGCUUCGGCUACUCCUUCGACUUUGACUUCGGGUUCUGGGAAGGUGGAGGGGGAGGGGGAGAAGUAA